UAUUGCAUGUGUUUAUUAUUUUUUCUUCAUUCAUUUUACAAUUUCUUGUCGUUUAAGAUGAAAUUUCUUGUAUUCCUUAUUAUUAUACUUCAAAUUCUAAAUAAUUCACUGGAAUUCGUACAACUAAUUAAUUGUCCAGCAGACAUUGUACCAGUGAAAAAUCAGCAACAAAUUUGCGCAAGAAUAACUUGUCUUUCACCUCAGAAAUUCGACAUAAUAAGAUGUUCGGAUAUAAAAUGUCCGGAGGGAAAACAAAUUGGUUUGAAGAAUGAGGAUAAUUCGAAAAUGUAUCCUGACUGUUGUGGUGGACCUAUUUGUGAAAGUUAAUAUUAUUUUUGACAAAUUUUCGACAAGGUAUUUAAUUUUAUAAAAUUAAAAUUAUGUCACUCUUUUAAAAAUAAUAUAAUAAAUACAAUUUAUUUUUUUCAUUAAUUAAUAAAUG